AUGAAGCAUCCGUUCCAACUCCUACGAACAAACAGGCAAUGCAAACUCUUGUUUGCUGCUGUUCAAAACCACAUUCUUGUCUACAACACAUCCUCAGGAAAAGUAAUUGGCCAUUGGUUCGACGAUCAGCAAUCAACACAUCGAAACCAUCAAUUGGAAAGACGAACAGGCAAGCAAAUUUCAUCCAAGGUUCAAAUCUACAACCAUAUCAAAUGUUUAUCGUUGACUGAGUCGCAUCUUGUUGCAUCUACGGAUUCAGACAAGUCUGUGCUUGUAUUCACCCUAGAUUAUGAAAGUGACAAUAUCUUGACAUUGAGUAAACGACAACCAAUGCCUAAACGCCCUUACGCUAUAACCACAUACGAUGGAGUUGCGAUUGUCGCGGACAAGUUUGGUGAUGCGUACACUGUCGCUAUUGAUCUGAACCCGCCUGUUGCUGAGAAGGAUUUGGUGCCUAUUUUAGGUCAUGUCAGUAUGUUAACAGAUGUGGUUGUGGGUGUGCACAAUGACAAGCCAUUUUUGAUCACGAGUGAUAGGGAUGAACAUAUUAGAGUCUCGAAUUAUCCCAAGGCGUAUGCCAUCAAGCUGUUCUUACAGGGGCACGAGGAGUUUGUGUCGCAGCUUUGUUUGGUGGGUGAUUUGCUAGUUUCUGGUGGCGGUGAUGAUUACUUGUUUGUUUGGAAUUGGUAUACUGGGGAAUUGUUGAGUAAGUUUGACUUGAAGGGUGUUGUGAGUCCGUUUUUGAACGAGGCUCAUUUCCCUCCUGAAAAAUAUAGAUCAGAAGACUCACCAAAGGAGAUUAGUGUUGCCAAGAUUGAAUAUGUCGAGUAUGAGAAUGAAAAGUACUUUGUCGUUUUGGUCGAACGCACUUCGUGCUUGAUUGUGUUGGCAUACAAGGACAAUACACUUAUUGUACACCAGGUAAUACUAUUAAACGAGGAUUGUGUGACAUUCACCGUGGGUAAUGGAUCCAUUUACGUUUCAUUGGAGUCUGAGGCGGUGUUGCAACGGUUGAACUUCCUCAACGGAACUUCACAAGAGCUAUUGAUUGACACAAAUCUGAUUCCAAUCGAUGUCAAAGCCAAAUCUGAGUAUGCUGAGAUGUUCCCGGUAACUACAUUGCGCAAAAGAAGUGAAUAUUGA